UAAGCGUUGUGACUUGGAUUUUUUGGAAAAGAGUAUUCGUUUAUUGGAAUACAUGUAACCGCAAGUGCGUUCAAGAGAUAAUGCGUCUUUUGUCUGGUUUUUUCAGGAUCAAUUUUUCAAUUCUUCUUGUCUAGUAAAACUUGAAACAUAUAUUUUCUCAAACAAUCACAUGCAAUUAUCUGAGGUACUCAAAACAUAAAAGAUUUUUUAAAUUUAUUUGAUUACUCACCAUUUCAGUAUUAAGCAGAGCCCUAUCAUUUUAUUUUUUGCAUUUUCGAAAAUUUUGCCUACUUGGUAAGAUAUUCUAUACUUUUCUGGUGUACUUUGGAUUGUUAGGUUCGCUAAUAGAGGGAGUGGACAAGAUUUUGGAGGUAAAGCCCAUUAAGCAUUUUUUCCCCAAACCAAUGCAACGUCAAGAUGGAGUGUGUGAUAAAUUUCCGAUUUUUUUCUUGUAACAAUCGAUCCACACAAUUCUUAUCAAGGAAAAAUGACCGGGCUAGAAUGCUUAAAGCGAUGGCAUUUUUCUGUUCCCUUCCCCGCCUCUUUAUUGGUCAUUUUUGUCGUAGUAAAAGGGACAUGAAAAGUCUCGUACUUGUCUUGAAACAUCUGUUUGUGACACUAUGAAAAUUAUAUCUUGAAAACCGGUGAUAUUGUCUUACAUCAUUCAGCGGUUUCUCUGGUUAUUUUUGAGUUUAAGAUGCAAUCCAAACGAUUGUACUCUCCCAACAACGACCUUCACGAGGAAGACAAAAAUCCUUUUCUUUUCGAACCAUUUUUACAGGACUAUGAAUUGGAUGGACUUCAUGGGUUGAGUUUUACACAGGAAGAAUAUCCACUGGAUCACCCAGAAACGUCACAACAACAGUCCUUGAAAAAGCGAGAGGAAAGGUUUUUCCAACAAACAACAUCCAACAUUCAUUCUUCUCUCUACUUGGACUCAAUGAUAGGGACUACCCAUUUCCACUCGUAUGAUAUAGAGAGCGGUCAAGUGGAUUGGCGUACGCAUACGAGUAGUAGUAUACUUGGACCAGGAAGUGGUUGGUUACCUUAUGAGCAAGAACUCAUAGAUACCAGUCUUCUUCCUUGUACAGAAAACGAUAUUUUUAGGGAAUCUCCCCAGUUGGAGCAAGACGAAGCAGCUGCUAGCGAGAAAGCUUCGGAAAGUGACCCCAGCUGGGAUUCACUGGAAACCAAAACGACUCCUGAGAAACAACGUCAUCGGAAAUCGUGCGAGCCACGACAAGGAAUAGUAGAACAAUCAAGUAAUAGUGAUGCUACGAGUCAACUAUACCAAUCUAGUAGGCUCCAUGUUACGGAAAAGCGCCCACGUCAAGAUUCGAUCUUCCCACAACGUGCUAUAAGACCCAGUCCGUUGACGAUUAACAGUACAAGUAAUCUUCCUGGAGAAGCUGUUGAAGACAAGUUGGUGGAACAUGGCUCGGUUACUUUACCGUCGUCGUCUAGAGAAUACUCAUUUCAACCUUGGGUUCUAUCCCCUACUAGUAGAAACAAACAACAGACUUUGUUAUUAUCUGGAAGUCCUGUACGCAUCAGUCCAACUACUCUUCCAUCCAUUACUCCACGAGACGAAACGGAUAUGUUGUUAUCCAAUGAAUCUUCCUUGGAAGGUUAUUGUCCUUGUUGUGGUCAUGUGAUGGAAAAUUUUCAACAUGACCAACGACUAAAAAGAUUGGAAGUUGAAUAUCAAAGCUUAUUUUGUAAAGUAUCAAAGCUACAAAACAGUUUAUUAUCUCUUUUGAAAAAAACCUCGAUACCCAGUGAAACUCCUAUAAAGCCUGAAUAGUUUAUGUUCCCUUUCUCUACACACAAA